UUCAUUGCGUAACAUCCGACAUUCAGAGUGAAGACUUCCUGCCUGCCAACCCAACGAUGGCGUCCUGUUUUGAGGUAUCUGCGUCGGUCACUGAUGAACAGACCGAAUGUGCUGCAUCUCAGAAAAGAGAGGAGAGACUGCGAAAAUUCCGGGAACUGCAUUUCAAAAGGAAUGAAGCACGCAAACUCAAUCACAAGGAGGUUGUGGAGGAGGACAAAAGACUGAAGCUACCAACUAACUGGGAGGCAAAGAAAGCCCGUCUGGAGUGGGAACUAAUGACUGAUGAAAAGAAAAAGGAGUGUGCGGCCAAAGGGGAYGACUAUGACCGGGUGAAACUGCUAGAGAUCAGUGCUGAGGAUGCUGAGCGGUGGGAGAGAAAGAAGAAGAAGAAGAACCCUGACCCAGGAUUCUCAGGUUACGCGGAGGCCCAGCUGCGACAGUACCAGCGCCUCACCAAACAGAUCAAACCAGACAUGGACGGCUACGAGAGGCAGCGAGAGCAGUGUGGCGAGGACUUCCACCCCACAUCCAACAGCCUGAUCCAUGGGACCCACAUCCCAUCCAAGGAGGGCAUCGACCGCAUGGUGGAGGAUGUGGAGAAACAGAUUGAGAAGCGGGCCAAAUACAGCCGACGCAGGGCCUAUAACGAUGACGCAGACAUCGACUACAUCAAUGAGAGGAACGCCAAGUUCAACAAGAAGGCAGAGCGGUUCUAUGGCAAAUACACAGCCGAGAUCAAGCAGAAUCUGGAGAGAGGCACAGCAGUCUAACUGGACUGGUCAAUCUAAUGGACGCUACCAUUUCCACUGCUUUGUUGUAACUGAAGGUCAUAAUUAGUCACUGUGGUUACAGGACCGGCCAUGUACAUAGAAACCCCAUUUCAGUUGGUCACAAUGCUUACAUAUCAGAGAUCUAAGUUUGUAUUUUGACGCUGACAUUUCUUUAGAGCCAUUUUCUAACAUUUUACUGUAUUGUUACUAUAACACUGUGAAUCAGGUGGAAUGGCUAACUCUUGAGUACAACCUGAAUAAUCUUGUAAUGCUAUUUCUGCCUUUCUGUCAAUGUUUAUCGUGUGAAUGAACACGCAUUAAAAAAAAAGAACACUUAUAAAAUAAAAUAGCGUUUUUGUAGUAUA